AUGGCCACGUCAAAUACAUUAUUUGCGUUUAUCAUUUUAAUCCUUACGACGAUUGUCUUCGUCCAUGCCGACACAAACGCCACCAUAACUGCCACGCUGUCAAGCAAUACCGUAUUUUGCACUUUCCUUCCGCCAACACCUGGCGAAUACAUCGCUGACUCUGAACUGACUGGUAUCGCAUUCUGCACAGCCAGCACACCCGGUGUAGUUAAUGUUAUUCCCGACGGAUUCGUUAUCUCGGCCAACUUUGCUGGUGAUCCUAGUACUUACGUCCAAAUUACUGGAAAGAUGAACCCAGAUGCAUAUCAGUUGCAUCAUGAUGACGAAGGUGGUCAGUAUGAUAGUAAUGGUUCUCCUCCGGAUGCAUCUUGUUCUGGAUACGAAUAUUUUGUAAAUUUGGUUGAGCCCAACGACGGAAACUACUGUAUUCGUUGCUGCCAUAAUAAAAAAGAUUGCCCUACUAACGAAAGCACAGAGGGCUGUGAAACGGUCAUUCCUGGUAUAUAUUAG